CAGGGACUGCAGGUUAGACGGGCAUACCUCACUAGCUCAACUCAACCAACUGGACUGUUGGCUUUUACUACAAUUUGGUGAUGAGAUCCUACUUUAUUACAGUCAGUGCAUGAACACUGGAUGUACUGCAGCUUUGGACAAAUAGACAGGGACAGCUUUUAGAACAAACACACAUUUCAACAUGGAGAUUGAAAGCAUGGUGGCAAAUAGUGCUCUUAUUAAAGCCAGAGAAGGUGGAGGGGGUAAAGGCAGAAGCUGGAAGUGGAAAGAGAUGCUUCGCUUUCCUCACAUUAAUCAGUGCAUGGAAAUGGCCAUGAAUAUAGAGCGAGACUACUAUAGUCUGUGUGUGAAGCAGCCUAUUGGCAAGAAACUGUUUCAGCUCUUCUGUCGGAGUCGGCCUGAUCUGCAGAACUACAUUUCCCUCCAGGACGCUUUGGACAUGUUUGAGACAAAGUCAGACGAGGACAGGAGAGUUUUUGGCAUCAGCAUCGUUCAGAGAUUCCUCAUGAGUCAGUCCAGUCAGUGCGUGUCCAUCGUGCUGAGACACAAACAGAGCUGCAUCCAGAAUCUGGAGCUGGAUCCCUGCAGCGAUGUCUUUCAUGAGUGCAGGGAAGACCUACAUAAAUACCUCAGUGGAGAGCCCUUCAUGCAGUACCAGGAGAGCAUGUUUUUUGACCGUCUGCUACAGUGGAAGAUGUUGGAGAGGCAGCCCAUCACCAAGCAGACGUUUAGACAGUACAGACUACUGGGGAAAGGAGGGUUUGGAGAGGUGUGGGCUUGUCAGGUACGAGCCACAGGAAUGUUGUAUGCCUGCAAAAAGCUGGAGAAGACUCAUGUGAAGAAGAGGAAAGGAGAAGGCAUGGCUCUCAAUGAGAAACAGAUACUGGAGGUGCUGGACAGUCGAUUUGUGGUGAACCUGGCGUAUGCUUACGAGACCAAACACUCCCUGUGUAUGGUUUUGACCAUGAUGAGCGGUGGGGACUUGAAGUUUCAUAUUUAUAACAUCGGCGUGCCCGGCCUGGACAAAGACAGAGUGAGGUUCUACGCUGCAGAGGUCUGCUGUGGUUUAAUGCACCUCCACCAAAAGUCAAUAAUAUAUAGGGAUAUGAAACCAGAAAACAUUCUCUUGGAUGACAAUGGACACAUCCGCAUCUCUGACCUUGGCCUGGCUGUGAGGCUGUCUGAAGGGAAACUGGCGCGAGGCAUGGUGGGCACGCUGGGAUAUAUGGCUCCCGAGGUGAUCAACCACAGGCCUUACGGGGUGAGCGUCGACUGGUGGGGCCUCGGCUGUCUGAUCUAUGAGAUGACUGCAGGGCAGCCCCCGUUCAGGACCCGAGGAGAGCAUCCUAAACCCAUGGAGAUGGAGCGAAGGAUUCAGACUGAACAGGAGGAAUACGGUGACAAGUUCAGCACGGAGGUGAAAGACCUCUGUUCCUUGCUGUUGACCAAGGACCCGAACCAGAGGUUGGGUUGCCAGAGCUCAGGGGGGAGGGAAGUAAAGUCGCACCCUUUCUUCCAGCAAAUCAACUUCAGGAUGCUGGAAGCAGGACUCGUCAAGCCCCCAUUUAAACCUGAUCCCAGACAGGUGUACUGCAGCGACGUGCAGGACAUUGACGAGUUUUCUACAGUGAAGGGAGUCAUUCUGAACCACGAAGACAACUACUUCUACUCCAAGUUCAACACAGGCAGCGUCCCUAUAACCUGGCAAAACGAGGUGAUAGAGACAGGAUGUUUCCAGGAGCUGAAUAUUUUUGGCCCUGCGGGAUCUCGAUCUCCGGACCUCGAGUGGUCCCAGGCGCCCGAGAACCCCAAACGCGGCCUGCUGCACCGCCUCUUCCGCAGAAACCAGCAUCCGGAGUCGUCAGACGAAAGCAGACAGAACUUGGUGUCCCACGAGAGCUACAUGACGUCUGGACUCGUCAGCUCCAGCCUCUGAGGACUGCCGCAGCACAGAGACUGCUUUAAAGACACUAACGUACGAAGCAGGAAACCGCAGUGAAUCUCUGUGAAUCCCAGCAUAGCAUUCGUUUCUGUUAUAUCAGCACUUGCUUCUUCUUAAAAACAAAUUACAUCCGUAGCUUUGUGUUAAAUACUUGAAUUUUGAUACAAGCAGCAUGCCGUGUGAAGCUACUUCAAAACUAAUUUCACUGUGUUCACAAAGUUUUGAUUUUUUUCUUAUAAAAAUGUACUGGUUCCACUUUCCCUUCUUGUUCUGCAUGUGAAUAUUUCCAGAUUUUCUUGUAUGAUAACACGUCACUGUCACGUUUUUCUCAUUAUUUUAUAGAACGAUUAAUCUAUUAAAAGGAUCAUUUAGGGUAUUUUUAAACCUGGGCAGGAGACAAGGAUGGAGCCACUUGCUCUUUGAAUCUGAAAUUAUUUUUUGUGCUGCCUUUUCUAUUACGAAUGAAUGACAUCACAAACAACAUUGAGUAUUUCACCCCUCACUUAUAGGAUCAUUUCGACAACUUUAAACCUGGGCCCUUUUGUUAUUUUAUUUUUUACAUAUGUUUGGGUCUAAAUGAGUAGUGGCAGAGACGUUUAAGAAGAGACACACCACUUAAACGCCAAAAUGCUGGUUAUCCCGCCUUUCCCGCUAGAAAGCCAAUCUGCUUUAACAGCCGAGGCGGGAAACAUUAAGCCGUGUGGUUCCACUGAUGUAAAGGUCUGCUACGCAUGCGUAGAAGAAGUAUAAUCGGUGGGGAAAAACCAUAGACUGUAUAUAAAAACGCUUUUUAAACCUUAUUUCGUUUUUUUUUAAAGCCAGAUUUUACUGCUGAUUCUAGGGAUCGGAUAUUGUUAAUCCAAAAUAAAUGCCCGGAGGCGUCACCGAGAUGGCUGCAGGGUGGCGGGACUUGCCUGUAAGGACUUUGCUAGUAGGUACAUAAAGUUUUGGAACCGUGCAGUAGAUCCUUCAGCUGGUGUUGUGUGGAUUUACGCUACAUGAUGCUAUUUAUGCUAAAUGUUAUAAUCAAAAAACAGAAGAUGUCAUAAUACUGUGAGAGUUAUAACUUUAUGGGAUUGGAGAAGGGAACACAUAAGGUAGCAUUUUUCGACUCGAUAGACGGCUGUUGAUUUGCACGAAGGCAGCAGAUAUCGUCAGAACACCGGUAGUUAAACCGGCUACAGUGGCUGCAACGUAUUUCUUUAGUCAAAAUGGCGUCCAUACAAAGUGUUUCUUAUUGCCACUGACAGGCUCAGACUGUUGCACCAGGUGUCUGACAACAUCAUGGAAAGGGUCCCUGCCAGGGACUGGGUGGUUUUAACAGGAAACUGAAGUCUCGCUCAAUGACAGAUCUCGCUCUGAAAUCUCGAGAGGCGAGUUUUUGCAGGAAGACGGCGGUGGAAACAAGGAGGAGAGGGAUUUGUUGGUGUCGCACACAACAAACUCCUCUCAGUAAUUUCCACUGUCGUCUUUCUGCAACAAAAUAAUCAACAGGUUUAAACUAGUGUUGUUAGAUUAAUGUUUAAGUUGAGAUUUACAAGAAAUAUUUUGUUGCUACUGUGUAAAGGGAAUACUGCUGGUAAAAAGCACCUGAUUUCUUUAAAGUGUUUGCAAACCACGUUAUUACACUUUGUGUAUAUAGCAGUACAUUUGAAUUAAAAGUGCGCAAUACACUUCUUUAGAAUUCAUGAUUCAAUUUUGCGCAUAACAAUGAGAUUAAUCACAAGAAAAUCAUGUGAUUAAUCGCGAUUAAAAAAUUUUAUCGUUGUCCAGCACUAGUUCCUCCUCAAGGUCGGGAACCACAAAGUUUAAUGUCAGACGCACAUUUCUUUGUUUGAAAGCUUGUUGAAUGAUUCAAUUAAUUAAGAGUUCAGCUUUUUUCAUGUUGCAUUUUUAUUUUAUUUAACGCCGAGUAAAAAAACAGACACACAAUGUAAGACAAAUAAAAAUUUGCAAAAAAGA